UUCGAAACACCACCUUUUAUCACAACUUGCUAGCAAACGAUGCCUGCUACCACGUCCAUUGCACCCACCACGACUGUCACUGUACACCCUCUGGUUCUUUUAUCUGUCACCGAUCACUAUAAUCGUGCAGCAAAAGACUCCAAGAAGCGCGUUGUAGGUGUUCUUCUAGGUCAAAGCAAGGGCAAAUCAGUCAACGUAGCCAACAGUUUUGCAGUCCCAUUUGAAGAAGAUGACAAGGAUCCUAGCGUGUGGUACUUGGACCACAACUAUGUUGAAGCUAUGAACGACAUGUUCAAGAAGGUUAAUGCAAAGGAAAAAAUGAUCGGAUGGUACCACAGUGGCCCAAAGUUACGUGCCUCUGACCUCGAGAUUAAUGAACUCUUCAAACGCUAUACACCCAACCCUGUCCUUGUCAUUGUCGAUGUCAAGCCCAAGGACAUCAGUAUUCCCACCGAUGCUUACUUUGCCAUUGAGGAAAUCAAAGACGACGGUACAGCAACACAAAAGACAUUCUUGCAUGUCCCAUCAGAAAUUGAGGCGGAGGAAGCAGAAGAAAUUGGUGUAGAACAUUUGCUUAGAGACAUCAAAGAUAAUGCCGUCGGUACUCUGUCAACGCGAGUCACAGAUCAAUUGAAUUCAGUCAAGGGUUUGCAAACGCGGCUCGAAGAUAUAAGGGACUACCUUCAAAAAGUCGUUGCAGGCCAGCUUCCAGUCAACCAUCAAAUUAUUUACAACUUGCAAGACAUAUUUAAUUUGCUGCCCAAUCUUCAAACUCAGGAAAUGGUCAGAUCAUUUAGCGUAAAGACCAAUGACCAACUUCUCGUCAUCUACCUCUCAAGUUUGAUCCGAGCUGUCAUUGCACUUCACAAUCUCAUAAACAACAAGAUUGAAAACCUCAAGAGCGAGAGUCUUACGAACGGAGAAGAGCAAAAGGAAGAAACGAAAGAAGGAGAGAAGAAGUCGGAAGACAAGAAGGAAGAGGACAAGGCUAAGGAGGAAACAAAGUAGAGCCCAAACCAUUAUCAUGAUGUACUUGUAUAAAAUCAAUGAACCCAAUUUCUACAGCAAAGCCCAGGUGAAGCAAAUGAUAGCUCUCCUUUUUUUUUUUUCCGUUGUUGAACAUGAGCAGUGUGUGUACUUGAGAGUUUUAAGCGUCUCUCUAUUGUUUAUUAAUUGGUAUGCCUUGGUUAUUGGGUAAAAUCAGUAUAGCAGUUAGCAAUUGCUUAGGCAAAUAUACUGGAGUAU